AUGUCACAGUCGCAGUACUCUCGUGACACGGUCAUCCAUCUCGUAUCUGGAGGGUUGGCUGGUACGACUGGUGCUGUGGUUACAUGUCCAUUGGAAGUAGUCAAGACUAGGUUGCAGUCAUCUUCUAGCUUUGGUGCUACACGCUAUGAUUAUGUGCCUAGGAUUGCAUCUGAAGACAGUGGCGGUAGCCGCAUGACAUGUAAGACAAUCUCGUCGCUGCAGCGACGACGAUAUAACACCUUGAGCGGCGCUGGUGGCCGACACUCCAGCACACAAAUACUAACAUUUUCUCAAUGUGGUGUAGGCAGCCAGAAUACCAAAUCAAUGGGACUCUUACAGUGUCUCAGGCACAUAGUAAAAACCGAAGGCCCCAAGGCUCUGUUCAAAGGACUGGUGCCCAACAUCGUGGGCGUCGCUCCGUCCAGAGCCAUAUAUUUCGGGGCCUACGCACAAUCCAAAAAGUUUUUCAACACCGUACUUAACCCGGACACACCGAUAGUACAUGUACUAUCGGCGUCUUUUGCAGGAUUUGCUUCAUGUUCAGCAACGAAUCCUAUUUGGCUGGUCAAAACUAGACUACAGUUGGACUUGAACAAAAAUGGAAAAAGACUCACCGCUGGUCAAUGUAUCAGGCGAAUAUAUAGGACUGGGGGCAUAAAAGGUUUCUAUAAAGGUAUUACAGCAUCAUACUUUGGAAUAUCUGAAACUGUUGUGCACUUUGUCAUCUAUGAAGCAAUCAAAGCGAGACUGAUAGCAGCCCGUGUUGGACUUAAUGAGCCUGAAGAUAAUACCAAAACCUCCAAAGAUUUCCUUGAAUUCAUGAUGGCUGGUGCCAUUUCUAAGACUGUUGCUUCGUCCAUCGCCUAUCCUCACGAGGUCGCUAGGACCAGGCUCCGGGAAGAAGGUACCAAGUAUCGAAGCUUCUUCCAGACUCUGUUAACGGUUUACGGCGAGGAAGGCCCAAGGGGACUAUACCGCGGUCUGACCACACAGUUGGUCCGACAAAUACCUAACACGGCCAUUAUGAUGGCAACAUACGAGGCUGCUGUUUAUGUGAUGACUACGUAUUAUAGUCCUAACGAGGCUGUGUUCUACGAAGAUACCGAUGAUCGUUACGAGUGA